GGGCCCCGCGCCCCCCCCGCCCCCGCCCCCCCCAUGGACAUGCUGGACCCGGGUCUGGAUCCCGCUGCCUCGGCCACCGCCGCCGCCGCCGCCAGCCACGACAAGGGCCCCGAGGCCGAGGACGGCGUCGAGCUGCAGGAAGGCGGGGACGGCCCCGGGGCGGAGGAGCAGACGGCGGUGGCCAUCGCCAGCGUCCAGCAGGCGGCGUUCGGCGACCACAACAUCCAGUACCAGUUCCGCACAGAGAAUAAUGGAGGACAGGUGACAUACCGCGUGGUCCAGGUGACUGAUGGUCAGCUGGACGGACAGGGCGACGCGGCGGGCGCUGUCAGCGUCGUGUCCACCGCUGCCUUCGCGGGGGGGCAGCAGGCUGUGACCCAGGUGGGUGUGGAUGGGGCAGCCCAGCGCCCCGGCCCCGCCGCUGCCUCUGUGCCCCCAGGUCCCACAGCACCCUUCCCACUGGCUGUAAUCCAAAAUCCCUUCAGCAAUGGUGGCAGUCCUGCCGCCGAGGCUGUCAGUGGAGAGGCACGGUUCGCCUAUUUCCCAGCAUCCAGUGUGGGAGACACCACCGCUGUGUCUGUGCAGACCACUGACCAGAGCUUGCAGGCGGGAGGUCAGUUCUAUGUCAUGAUGACACCCCAGGAUGUGCUUCAGACAGGGACUCAGCGGACGAUUGCACCUCGGACACACCCCUACUCCCCGAAAAUAGACGGAACCCGAACACCCCGGGAUGAGAGAAGGAGAGCUCAGCACAAUGAAGUGGAGCGGAGGCGGAGGGACAAGAUCAACAACUGGAUCGUCCAGCUUUCAAAAAUCAUUCCAGACUGCAACACAGACAACAGCAAGACGGGAGCGAGUAAAGGAGGCAUCCUGUCCAAGGCCUGUGACUACAUCCGGGAGCUGCGGCAGACCAACCAGCGCAUGCAGGAGACCUUCAAGGAGGCUGAGCGGCUGCAGAUGGACAAUGACCUCCUAAGGCAGCAGAUCGAGGAGCUGAAGAAUGAGAACGCCGUGCUCCGUGCCCAACUGCAGCAGCACAACCUGGAGAUAGUGGGUGAUGGCAGCCGGCAGUGAUGCCCAGCCCACACCCAGCCGCAGGGGUCUCCUCUGGGCCUCGGCCGACCCCUUCCCCAGCCCUUAGCACAGAGAGGGACACAUGCCCCUCCCCCAGCUGCGUUUUUUUAUAGUAGAUUUUUAACAAAAACAAAAACAAAAAAACCCGGGGAGAAAUAAUGCAUUUCUGUGGAUAAGCACCCACCAAUCUCCUCAACUUGGAAAGGAUUCCCUUCCUCUCUUCGCUGUGUGUCUGUCCCCCUUCUCCAGCCCCACUGAGCCCCAGCUCUUCUAGCAGUCUCGCCUGUAGGUGGGGCGAGAGGGGGAAGCACAGAGGCCCUGCCAUGCCCCGCUGCCUCCUUGGUCUCUAGAGGUACUGAGACAGGGUGCUUAUGGGAAGGAGGGGAAUCGGGGGGGGGGCAUCCCCAGGGCUUGGGCCCAAGCAGGGAGGCCAUGUCCCACCCCCACCUCUUGUUUCUGGAUCCCUGUUCCUCAAUGGGUGUGUGUGUGUGUGUUGUACUUGCGUGUGUGUGUGUGUGUGUGUGUGUGUGUGUGUGUGUGUGCGCGCGCGUGUGUGUGUGUGCGUGUGUGUGCGCGUGUUUUAAUUUUCUUUAUGGAAAAAUGGACAAAAAAAAUAGAGAGAGAGGUAUUUAACUGCAAUAAACUGGCCCCAUGUGGCCCCGCCUUGUC